AUGUCUCUGUCUGAUCGGUUUCGUUUGAGUGAACGGAGCAUCGCGAGUCGCGGCUCACUUCGUUCAAAUCGUCUCUGUCCUCCAGGCUUGGAAGUUCUCUUGCCACUUUCGCACGUGUUUAUCAAGCAAAAAAGCUCGGAUCACGUCUUUACGGGCUACGAAACGCGCAACAAGUACAUCUUGAAGACACUCGAGGGCAAGAAAGUCCUUUGGGCGAUCGAGAGCACCGACGAGUGUGUCAGAUGUUGCUUCACGGAUUCCACGCGUCCCUUUGACCUGCACAUUUUCAACGAAAACAAACGAAAAAUCCUCAAAUUAUCGUUGCCUCUGUCGUGGUUUGAGCCAGUGACGCAACUUUAUGUCAAUUGUUCGAGUAUCAGUACGACGAUUGGGCGCAUUGAGAAUCGCACGAGGUUUUUUCAUCGGCCAUUGUAUGUCGUCAAAGAUGAAGCGGGAAACACGGCGUUCACGAUUAAAGCGACAUCUUUGAUGCAAUGCGACGAAUUUAAGGUGCGAGAUGCGAUGGGCACAGAAAUCGGGAAAAUUGGAAAAUUAUGGGCUCCGAACAUCAAAGAAAGCAUUGGCGAUGAUAAUAUUUUUGGCGUGGAAUUUCCUCCGGAUUUGGAAGUGAAACACAAAGCGGUGUUGCUAUCAGCAUGUCUCUGGUUGGACAUGAGAUAUCACGAAAGUUGA